CUCCCACCCACCCGAACAGCAGCGCGCGCCCGACAGCACAGCGCGUGUCGAGACCCAGCAACGAAACAGUCCCGGAUGCCAAACAAACCGCCGAGGCUCCAUCAUCACUAUCCCUUCUCUGCUCUCUAGUAUUGAUCCCACUCCUCCCCACUACCCACACAUGUCACCAUGAACCAAGCAGGAUGGGCCAACAACCAGGCCAACAUGUACCCGGGUGCCGCCCAGCACCUUAAUCCUCAAGCCAUGAACUACAACUUCGACGUCAACCAAUUCGCCCAGGGUCUGCAACAUCAACAACAACAAGCUCAACAGCAGCAGCAGCAGCAGCAACAACAGCAGAAUGGCACAUCACAAAAUCCCACCCCGAAUCCACAACAACAACAGCAGUUCGCCGGCCAGAACUUCAACCCGGCCUCCGUCGUCCCGGCGAAACGUCCUCACGAUGGCAUGUCCGCCUCGCCUGUUCAACCAUCACAAGUAUCGCGCUCCCAGACUCCAUCCUACGGCGGAUACCCGAACGCCCAGCAGCCUUUUCCCAACGCGCCGACACCAUACCAGCAUCUUCAACAACCCGGUUCGAACAACGCGACUCCCUCUCCAACGAUGCAGAACCAGCCUUUCCGACCACCACAACAACCGCGCAUGAACAAUGCCUCGCCGAGUCCAUUCCCGCAGCAGCAGCAACCCCCACAAGGCAACUUUGCUGGACAAAUGCCGCCCGGCGCGCCGCAGACUAUGAAUCAGGGCAAUGGGAUGACGCCGCAGAACGCCAUGGCCCAGUAUGGUCAGCAGUAUGGGAUGAGCCCGGGAAUGUCUAUGCCGGCUGGUAUGCCAAACGCGAUGGCGCAACAGAUGGGAAACAUGGCGAAUAUCGCAAACAUGCCUCAGGAUGCGCAGAGACAAUAUCAGCUGAAGCUGAUGCAGCAUCAACAGGCGCUGCGUAUGCAGAGUGGCAUGGCCAACGCGCGCAUGGCUGCUGGACAGCCCGGGCAACCCGGACAAAUGAGCAAUCUCGCCGCGAUCCAGCAGCAACAGCAACAGCAGCGACAGGCAGCGGGACAGAUGGCGAACGGACAAGCUACAGCUACGAGCCAGGCGCAAGCUCAGAGCAUGCACUUGCAGGCGGAGAAGCGGAAAGCUUUCAUCAAGCAAUUGCACGGGUAUGCGCAGCAGCAAGGACGACAAUUCAACCCGCAGCCGCAGGUGGCCGGGAAGCCGUUGGACCUCUACACAUUGUUCAAUUAUGUGAUCUCCAAUGGCGGCUCGCAGCAAAUCGAACGUCAGGGACAAUGGCCAGGUAUUGCCGCGAAGAUGCAGUUUCCACCGAAUGCAGUGGAGGAGAUCAAAGCAACGUACCUGAACGAUGUCGGCGCAUAUGAGCGCGCAUGGACACAGGUUAGGUUGCAGCAUAAGCAAGAUCAGGCUCGAAUGCAUGCACAGCAGAUGGCGGGAUAUGGUGGAGGACAACAAUCUCCUACAAAGGCGAUACCCGGACCGACUGCACAGACUGCGUAUCAGCAGCAAAUGCAACAACUGCAGCAGCAGCAGCAGCAAAAUCCGCCACCGCAGAGCACACCCGUCCAGGCAAAUGCCGCAUUGCCGCAAAAUGGUAUGACAACUCCUGGGCAAUUGAUGGGUCCUGGAGCUGGACAGCAUCACCGACGGACGAGCAGCAUGAGGCGGCCUGACCAGACGACACCCCAGACCGGACCCGUACCUCCUGGAGCUGGAGCGUCACCUUUGUUGGUGAAGCAACAGCGGCCGCCAUCGGUCAAGCAGGAGAGCAGUGGCGCUGUUAUGAAGAGCGAGGAGCCUCAAAGCUCCAACUACGUACCUCAAUCGCGAUCGAUUGAGUCGGACGGCGGGUAUGACAUUCCCGCAUUGUUUGAGCUAGGGACGGUGAUCGAGCGGGCGAAGCCCAACAUGCCGACGGUCGACGAGAUGGGUGUGAUUGACACGAAAGCCAUCACCCUGAGUCUGGCAUCUGGCAUCCACUCUGAGGUGCGGUAUGCACUGGACACGCUGGUCAUAAUAACAUUCGAGACUCGCGUGGCCCUUAAUUUGGAGCAAUGCGAAGAUCUACUGGAUGUGCUAAUAGACUGCGCCGAAGAACAAACCGAGGCCCUCUCAGAAGAGGCCGUCGAGGUCUCGGACGCACUCGACCUCCCCUCAUACGAAGACGUCCUCCGCAACAACAAAAUCGAAGCCGAUACCUUGCAAGACGUCCCUGAGUUUGGCACGCAAGCCUAUGACCUCGAUCGCGCUGCUGACAGACUCAUUGCAAUCACGACCAUCCUUCGCAAUUUCUCCUUUUACGAAUUCAACCACCGCCUGCUCACGUCCUCCACGGCGAUCAAAUGGCUGAGCAACACCAUCCGUCUUCUCGGCACGCGUAAUAUGCUUUUGAGGACUCACCACAACACUCAGGACUUCUACAAGGACAUCGUCAUCUUCCUCUCCAACGUCACGCAGACGCUUGAGAUCCCAUCUCGCGAAGAUGCGCUGCAUUUACUCCACUUCCUCCUCGCUUUUGCCCCACAACCCGCUCCCUCUUUCGCCAAUAGCACGAGCACUCCACCUACACUCUCAUUCACACCCUACGUUCCGUCUCUCCACCGCUACCUGCCUCCAGCGGUCGACUCCCUCGCCAAACUCCUCGCUCGUCAAGACCCUAACCGUGGCUUCUACCGCUCCAUCUUCUCCAGCUCCAACAAUUCCUCCCUGGACAGCAGCGCCGAGGAAUCUCCUCUCGAUCUUCUAACCCGUUCCUUCGCCCUCUCAAUCUCCAUCCUCCCCGACCGCACCGCCGUGCCUCAUCCUUCCAACUCGACCCAACUCCGCCUCGUGGAAGCUCGCAAAGCACACCUCACACAAGGAAUGCUAGCCGCAGACAUCCUCACCACGCUCCUGCCGAACGAUGAUGUCGGAGCCAUAAGGGCGAGGAGCUGGAUCGAGAGCGAAGAUGGAUGGGUUGUGGGACUGUUGAACCUCGCGGCGCUAUUGAGCGUGGAUCGAGGCGGUAUGAAUGGACAGAAGGGAGGACUGGGACUAGAUCAAGAAGCCGCGAGGGGAGUAGGGCAGAGAUGUCUCGGUAUGGUGAGACGAUUAGCGGAGAGGGCGAGGAAGGCGCCUGUAGAGAGCGAUGGCGUUAAUGGGACGAGUGAAGGUGAUGAUGAGGAUGCGCUGUCGUAUGAACAAUUGGUCAGGGAACACAAGAGCCGACCCAAGUGGGAGGGUAUCCCGCAAGGACAUGCGAUUUUGGGCGCGUUGAUGAUGCCUAGCACGGACAAGGUCGCGUUGGGCUUGCUUUGUGGAUUGCAUGAGAUGGCGAUGCAGAGUGUAUGA